ACGUAACGUUCCGCUAGGGCGUGGCCAUUGAUUGGCGAAUGGGAGCGCAGUUGGUGAAUCACGUGCGUGGGGGCGUGACUAAAGGUCCGUUGAGCUGGUGGGGUGUGGUCAGUGUGCGCGGGAGACGGUCAUCUUUCAUGAAGACGAUGAUGGACGGCUCUUCAGUGUCUGACGCCGGGUGGGAGCGGGAUUUCCGGCCGACGCGUCGAGGUCGACGUUUCUCGCAGGGUCAAGAACCUAAAGAACCAGAGCAGUUACGCAAACUUUUCAUCGGUGGCUUGAGUUUUGAAACUAAUGAAGAGAGUUUAAAAGAGCAUUUUGAGCAAUGGGGGCAGUUAACAGAUUGUGUGGUUAUGAGAGAGCCACAAACAAAACGUUCAAGAGGAUUUGGGUUUGUGACUUACUCUUCUGUGUUGGAGGUGGAUGCUGCAAUGUCUGCACGGCCACACAAAGUUGAUGGUCGUGUUGUAGAACCAAAAAGAGCAGUGUCAAGAGAGGAUUCUACAAAACCUGGUGCCCAUUUGACAGUGAAAAAAAUAUUUGUUGGGGGUAUCAAAGAAGAUACUGAGGAAUAUCAUCUGAGAGAUUAUUUUGAGAAGUAUGGCAAGAUUGAAAAUAUUGAAGUUAUGACCGAUCGUGGAAGUGGGAAAAAACGAGGGUUUGCCUUUGUCACAUUUGAUGAUCAUGACUCUGUUGACAAAAUUGUUGUUCAAAAAUAUCACACUGUGAACGGACACAACUGUGAAGUGAGAAAAGCGCUUUCACGACAGGAGAUGCAGGGGAUUGGAUCAGGCCAAAGAGGACGUGGUAGUUCUGGAGGUGGCAAUAACCCUGGUCAUUUCAUGGGCCGUGGUGGUGGUAAUUUUGGAGGUGGAAAUGGGGGAGGCAAUUUUAACCGUGGAGGAAAUUUCAGUGGAAGAGGAAUGGGAAAUUUUGGAGGUGGUCGUGAUGAUUAUGGAGGGAGUGGUGGUGGUGGUGGCGGCUAUAAUGGGUUUGGUGAUGGUGGCAAUUUUGGAGGUGGCCAAGGUUACUGUGGUAGAGGAGGAGGAGGAGGAUAUGGCGGUGGUGGCCCAGGUUUUGGCAACCAAGGUGGUGGUGGAGGUGGAGGAGGAUAUGGUGGUGGUGGUGGCGGCUACGACAACUAUAAUGAAGGUGGAAACUUUGGAGGGCAUUUUGGUGGUGGCGGUGGCAGUGGGAACUACAAUGAUUUUGGAAACUAUCCUAACCAAUCUUCAAACUAUGGACCCAUGAAGAAUAGCAAUUAUGGUCGAAACUCUUGUCCUUAUGGUGGUGGUUAUGGAUCUGGUGGUGGUGGUGGUGGUGGUGGAAGCGGUGGAGGUAGUGGUGGUUAUGGUAGAAGAUACUGAGCACGUUUGCUGAAAGAUUGAAUAAGAAGUCGUCUUCCAUUUUUACUGUGGCAAGUUGCAUACUACGUUAAUGCUCAAUUUCUGGAAUGGUAAGAUUGAGAAAGAUGUAUGCAUCAUAACUUGAAAUUUUUUCCCAUAAUUGUAAGUUCAAGGUAUCAGUUUUGUUCAAUUAUGCAGAAUAAUGAUAGUGUUAAUGCAUCAUUUAUAACAAAAUGGUGAUUUUCCAUUGGCUGUAGUUCUCAUUUCAGACAGGCUCCUAAGAGAGCCAUGACAUGGUAAUCCUGUUCUACUUCCACUCAACAUGUGAAACCAUGGCAUUUGAGGUUGACUGUCACACCAUAAAUAAGGAGUGGGAGCAAAGACAAGAUCUUCUGUUAGCAGUAACUGUCUGCUAAGGGUUCAGUUCAUUGUUUUUUAUUCCCUGAAUUUUAACUUUUUUAUUGCUACAGUGAUUUUGUUUUGUUGAGAGUUUAUUAAAGAUUUUUAUGUAACUGGCCUUUGUUUAUCCCACUGCAAAGUAUUCAGGCUUUCACGAUGUAGUGUUAAACUUCAAUUCCAGAAUUAUUUAAUGAAUUUGUUCAUGUGUAUGAACUAAAAUGUUACUAAAUUCAGCUGUGCACUUAUUUAAGAUAGUCUAGGAAGUAAUUAAAACAUCUUCUUUGAUUUUAGUUAUAAAAUUCAUUAAAUAAUUGCUUUCUUA